AAGCCGUGCCGCGGAGGGCGCAUGCGCAGAAGGAAGGUGACUUUCAGAGGGGUUGCAAGAUGCUCGCCAGGUACAUCGGAUCUCGGAAUGCCCAGAUGUUGCGCAACUGGAGGCCUACAUUGGGCGUGUGGGGCUCAGUGGGCGCUGUGGGGUUGGUAUGGAUCACGGACUGGAAGCUGAUUCUCGAUUAUGUCCCUUGGAUCAAUGGCAAGUUCAAGAAAGACGACUAAGAAGCUGCCUGUGCUACAGGGCCACACUGCUGUGACUGACCAGCUCUUUACUUGGUACUCCCAGUUCGACUCUCUGAAAAUGCCUGGUGUCAAUUUCCAUGAAACAGAUAGCUUCAUUUUUCACUCCUGAACAAGGAAGAUUCUACACGAUGCCCUGCGAAAACCAAGAAAACGUCUUUUAGCACAUGGGCCUGUGCAAGCACUGGAGGCGUUUUGCUUCUCUCUGCCUGUGGUGAUGGUCUUCACCCAGGAAAUCUAUUGAACGAAUUACCAUGACCCAAAUACAAAAACAUUGGCUAACUUUGAACUCUG